GGAGCCGCCGCCGCCUAGGACUCCGAUAUCCAGCUGGCGAGGCAGCUUCCAGCCAGAGGGAAAGCGAAGGCUCCGCUCCGAGCGCCCGGCAGCCGAGGGAGAUGGCCUCUGCAAACGAUACCCGGCAGACGCCCAAGGAUGCUGCAGACCAGAACUUUGACUACAUGUUCAAGCUCCUCAUCAUUGGCAACAGUAGCGUAGGCAAGACGUCGUUCCUCUUCCGAUAUGCCGAUGACUCCUUCACGUCGGCCUUUGUUAGCACCGUGGGCAUUGACUUCAAAGUCAAGACCGUCUACAGGAAUGAAAAGAGAGUCAAGCUGCAAAUUUGGGACACAGCUGGCCAAGAGCGAUACCGGACGAUAACCACGGCCUAUUACAGGGGAGCAAUGGGGUUCUUACUCAUGUAUGACAUUUCCAAUCAGGAGUCUUUCAACGCUGUACAAGACUGGGCAACUCAGAUCAAGACUUACUCCUGGGACAAUGCUCAAGUGAUCCUAGUUGGGAACAAGUGCGACCUGGAGGAUGACCGAGUGAUACCCACGGAGGACAGCAAGAGGCUGGCUGAUGAACUAGGGUUUGAAUUCUUUGAGGCUAGCGCGAAGGACAACAUCAACGUCAAACAGGUCUUUGAGCGCUUGGUGGAUAUCAUCUGCGAGAAGAUGAAUGAGAGCCUGGAUGCUAGCCCUGGCAUGAGCAGCUCCAACCACAAGAAUACGGCGCUGGACGAGACCCCACCUACGCAGUCCAGCGGUUGCUCUUGCUAGAUAGGACUUGGCCCACCCCUUGGACCCUGCGGUGCCUCAUUGCCGUACGUAAUCCGGGAGGAAGGCACAUCAGUGGCACAUCACUCCACCUGACUGUUCGUUGGCUGAUCCGCCCCAUUUGCCUCUGGCUAUGGCUGUUUUGCCUCUGACGGCAUGUGCCAGUUGCCUGGUGCCCCCUUCCUUUCCCCUGUAGCAUGACUGGCCUUUUAUAGCAGAAGAGCAUGACCACUUUUACACACAUCUGCUCACACUCACACUCCAACACGCUGCCUGUCUUUGCAACCUAGGAAAUUUGGACCCAGCUCUGGGCCAAUGGAGAACUUUUCCUAACUUCUUUUUAAGGCUCCAGUGAAACUGUGACCCUUUGCAGCACCAACUUUCUGGCUUUGUUGCUGGACGGCCCAGCGAUUAGAGGGCUGGUUCUCUUUUUUGCAAACAAAAGCCUUCAGUGAGCUUUUCCGCUAUUUAAAAAUAAAUAAAUCCAGUUUGA